AUGGCAGCUCAACCAGCACCUCUCAAGGGAGCCGAGAACCUUCAAUCUCGAUGGCACUGGUCAGAAGAUCUUGGUGGCUUCGACAUGCCAAUCCGCCUGGAAGGGGAGAUUGGGGACGUCAUGGUCCGAGGCACCAUACCAGAUAAUAUCGACGGAACUUUCUACCGAGUCGCCGGAGAUCAUUUUACGCCCACACCUGAGGGUCACAGUCCACUUGAAGGUCAUGGCGCUGUCAGCGCUUUUCGCAUCCACAAAGGCCAGGUGGACUUCAAAAUCAGAUACGUUCAGAACGACCGUUACAAAGUCGAGCGAAACCGCAAGAAAAGCUUCUUCGUCGACAUCGUGGGCCAUCCCAUGCUGGACCAUCCAUGUGUUCGUGCUGUCACGAGUCAGGCUUCCAACAUCAAUGUUAUUCAUUGGGCUGGCAAGCUGCACGCUCUAAGCGAAGGCGGACAAGCGUGGACCAUGGAUCCCGACACAUUGAAGACCACGGGCACCAAUCCUUACGGCAGCCAAGUAUCUGGCUCGGCAACUUUUACGGGUCAUCCCAAGAUCGACCAGGGUGUUGACGAACUCAUUACCUGGGGAUUUAGCUCCGACUUCAGAGAACUCAUUUCCUAUUCGAUUACUCGACAGGGCGAAGUCAAGAAUCUUCAUCGGAUUUUACCCAAGGCCGUUGGUCCAAUUCACGACGUCGCUAUAACGAGCAACUGGCUGGUUUUCUGCCAGUGGCCUGUUAGUCCGUCAGACCCGAAGAAGGAUGUGGGGAAAACCAGACUUUCCUGGGACACUGAGCGGCCCACAUCCUUCAUUGUUACACCUCGCCGCCCAGAUCAACCUUUGGCCGGGUCAGGAUGGAAACCAUAUGAAUUUCGGACAUACACUCAUCAGUCCAACUCGGAAAUCGUUCAUACUGGUGGCGCUUGGGAAGAUAACGGCAAGGUUAUCUUCGAAGGUACUUGGCCAAACAACCCUCUGUUUCCAUUUUGGAGCACCCAACAAAAAGAAACAAUCCCGGUCCCCACGGUUGUUGACUUUGUCCGGUUCGAGAUCGACGUUACUCAACCGGACCAGGCGGUACUUGCGGAUCCAACCGUUCUAGUCGACAUUCCAAACGAAUUUCCUCGAAUCGACGAACGCUACUACUGCAAGCCGCAUGAUCAUCACACGUUUUCCAAGGCCUGA